GAGAUUGUUUGUUACAACAGAUAUCAAUCAAUGCAUCAUCAUUCGUCACGUACUGCAGCGUUCGUUGCGGUGGCGUUCUUAGCGUCGCUAGUUCACUGCCAGACGUACCCUCGUCUGGAGCACUGGAGCCAGGACGAUGUAACACGCGUCCUGCAAAAUAACUCUUUCAUCGACCGUUCAUUUAUUGACGAAAACGGUGACGAUGGAGUCCUGAGAUGUGUGACUGACAAUCCAGCAUGUUGCUCCGGGAAUUGGUUUGAUAGCAGUGGAGAAAUCAUACCUCCACGAGACAUCAAUGCUAACCUUUCCUUUUACACUACUGAGAGAUUAGUGGACGGCCGCAGUGUGCACAGUCUCAAGUAUAGAAGUGGUGGAAGUACAUUAGUUGGAGUGUUUCGAUGCGAUAUACCAAAUCUCUUUGGAGACGUGGAGAGUCUUUUUGUGUACAUAGGCUCCAACACAAUCGGUGAAGGUACUCUGCGAACGAUUCAAAUUUCCUAUGCGAAACAUCCUCUAUACCAGGAAGACUAUCAGGUUCCUAACUUCAUUCUGUCGUGUGUCAGUGAGGGAGGGCCGGUGAGCAGAGUCCAGUGGUGGAGAGACAGAGUCCCAGUCCAGGAGGACGGGAACCACGUGGUCUCCCAGAUCAUCCUGGACACCUCUCAGAAUGCAGUCUACGACAGCAGACUGACGGUGUGGGGAAGAGAGGGAGGAGAGUAUAGGUGUCGGGUCUCAAGCAACAUCCCAGACUACUACCCCAGGCUGACGUAUCUCUCUCACAAUUCAUCUUACAUCACUAUUGACGUUGCUGAAAGGCCUAGAAAUUUGGAACACGUCAGAGCUUCACCGACAAGUUUCAUUGUCUACUGGGUUCCUCCGAGGUCAACUCCCUUGGCCUACGUCAUCUUCUACAACCUCACUGCAGACGUGUACAGCGUGACUGUGAAUGCCUCCAGGACAAGUACGACUCAGAGCUACGAGUUGGGGGGACUCAGUGAGGGCAUGAACUACAGUAUCUCAAUGGUGGCUCUCUCUCGACACUUGCCAAGUCCCGUGGUGGGAUCUCCUAUCAUGUCUGUGGCAGACUUUACUCCGUCGGUAACUGUCACAACAAGUCCUGGGGAUCCAGUGGCCGGGACGUCUUACGUCCUCACCUGCACAGUGACAAUUAUACCAGGAAUCUCCCUCGUUCCAGUCAUUGAGUGGAGUGGCUACGGGAUAGGCAUGCAGUGGGUCACCACUGGUCGGACCGUCAGUGGAGAUGACUCCCACACCCGCCAGGUGACCUUCAGACCACUGGUCCUGGCUCACGGAGGAGCAUACACCUGUACUGCCAGGUUCACUCUGAAUGAAGUCACCUCCAGAGACGGAGUCGACCAAACUCUACUCUCAGUCAUAAUUCCACCACCAUCGAUGUCAGUCAGGAUUGCUAGGAACACCAUACCAUACGUGGGGAACAAUGUAACCCUGGAGUGUUUGGUUCAACUGGACUCAGCAGUUAGCGACAGUGAGGUUGAGAUGGAGGUGAGGUGGGUAAAAGUUGGCCGCAGGACAGCUAUACCGUCCCUGGAGGCAGCCAUUCCUCCUGACAGGAUGCGCAGUACAAUAUUCUUAACCAACCUCCUGGAGAGAGACUCUGGUUCAUAUCAAUGUGAGACCACUCUGACUCCACUAGACGCAAGGGUUAACUCGUCUCCCCUCAACACGCCCAAGGUCUACAAUCUAACAGCAAUUGUUCCAUCGCUAAUAAUAGAGACAUCGCCAUCUGUUGUACGUAUCCUUGAUGUUUCUCCGCACAACCAGUUCACACUCUCCUGUACCGUCUGGGCCGAAGCGUACGGAGAGAAAAUACCUCUACCACUGACCAUUGAAUGGAUCAAGAGAGUCGAGUCGGGUUCUAAUGUCAGGUUCUCUCCAGUGGCCUCAGCAGAAGGCCCUCAUCUGAGUCCAAACCCAGCCGAUGGCUACCACAGUAUUCUGAGAGGCAGCGAGACCAGCUCAGUUGGCUCCACCUCUUAUCGCUGUCGGGCCUCCUUUGUACGUGAUGCUGGGGGAGCUACUGAGCUUGAAACUAGCAAUUCUCUUGUGGCAGUUGUGGGGCCAACAUCUCCAGUGGUCCCAGUGUCAGUGAGAACCACAGCCAGUGACAACAGUAGUCUGACCAUCCAGUGGGAGAUAACCUCAGUUUCCUACACUCCAGAGACGUACCAUGUGGAGUACGGCACUGACAGUAUAGAGUUGGGAUUCCACAUCUCAGAACAGGAGAGUGGACCUGAUAUUAGGAUUGUUGACCAGGUGUAUUCUCAGGACCUGAUUGGUCUCCAGCCACUGGCCACCUACUACUAUCGUGUGGUAGCCAGUAACACUGCCGGAACCACUGCAAGUAUUGUGAGAGCUGCCAGGACCAUGGACUUGUUGAGGAUAGAGGGAUCGGGGGACCCACGGGUAGGGGAGAGGUACUCACUGGAGUGUGUCGUAUCAGCUCAGUCUGGGAGUGGAGACUACACCAGUCUGACUUGGACCGACAGUCGUGGUGAGGUCUGGCAUCUGACACCGGUGGCUCUCUCUCCAGUCUGGAGCUGGUGUUUGAGUCUCUCGACCUCUCAAACGUCGGCAACUACACCUGCACUGUCACUUUUCCUACUGGUGACUCAAGACAAUUGACUGAGCAAGUUUUGGCAGCAGUGCCAUCCUCACAUGUCGUACUUGAAGAAGUGGACCAACCACGUGACGGGAUACUCUAUUCUGGUCUCAACCAUACCCUGAAAUGCCAUACGAAUGUCUCUGUUUUCAGUGCACCGUUUGUCACUGUCUCCAUUCAGUGGCUCAGAGAUGGACACAGCCUCAAGACCUGUUCUGACCUCGUAAAAGAGUCUGAGACACACUACCACUGUCUCCUCGCCCUAACACACCUCAGCCACUCGUCAGACAAUGGAAGUUACUCUUGUAGAGCAGUCACGACUCCCACAGCAAACUACCCACUGCUGAGAGCCACAUCCGUCACUUCUAACACCCUGGAUCUUCGUGUUGCCAUUCCAGUUGUGAGUGUCAUGAUCUCGAGCUCGACUACUCGGGUGUUGGAUGUUCCUCCGUACAAUCAGUUUGAGUGCUCGUGCUCAGCCUCGGUGAGUGUCCCUGGACUGGGAGGAGAGCAGAGACUGGCAAGACGCUGGCAGUGGAUGAGAAAGGGAGUCGGAGAAGAAGAGUUCAGCAGUGUUCCGCAUUUCACGGUUGACUCUUCGUGGAGCUCAGUGCUGCACAGUGAGACGAGAAGUGGCACUGUGGCGUAUCAGUGUGUGUACAGUUUGGAAGGAGUGGACCAAAUCUCUGCUAGUGACCAGAUCACUACGUCUGUCAUUGGUGCCAGAGAGCCCAGUACACCUGUGGGAGUGGCAGUAUCACAGAUAACCUCCAGUGGAUUCGUGGUACAGUGGACGGUGGCAUCGGUAGCCUACACUCCAGAGACAUAUGUGGUGGAGUAUAGUACAACCAGUGACUUUUUAAACCCGGCAGCAGAGUCUGUGGCCAGUGGUGAUGACAUCGGGAUUGUUGACAAGACGUACAGUGUUGAACUGAAGGGACUGGCGCCAGGAACUAAGUACCAUUUCGUCGUCGUAGCAAUAAACUCGGCCAGGAUAACCAGAACCGAACCUUUGUUUAUCUACACCAAAGAAACAGUCCCAGGAAAAGUGUCGUUUGUGAGUGCGUCGAGAGUGAAUGACUCCAGUCUCAACAUUAGCUGGGGAGCAAUCGAGGCGGCAAAUGGAAACCUCACCCACUACCUGGUGUGGGUCAACUCCACCUCAGACGGCCACCGGAGACUCGUGGACAUCUCCCGCCCUCGUCGUUUGAUUGUGUCUGGACUGAGGCGUAAGACGAUGUACAAGGUGUAUGUGGCAGGUGUGAAUGGGGCUGGGGAGGGAGAGUGGCAGGAGACACAGGACAGGGUCACCACUCAGGGACUCGAGUCCUCCGACGACAGUGGAGGGGGUGUGGGGUUGGCAGUGGGAGUCACUCUGGGAGCCAUUAUCUGUCUACUGAUCCUCAUUAGCCUCCUCCUCCUUCUACUGGUGGUGUGUGUCAGACAAAGGAGGCGGCGUAGGAAGGGACAUGCACUGAUAAUCUCAGAGGACAUAAGGUCUUCUGCUCUCCUCAACAACACUGUGAAGGAAGAGGAGGACAAGAGUUUCUCCAGGUCACCUGCUUCACCUCAGACCUCGCAGAGUAACGGAGAGACUGCCUCAGGAGCAGCAGAGGAAACAGGAGAUGGUGAGAAUGGAGAGGAAAGGGAGAGUGGUCGGGCGGGAGGAGGAGUGGAGGUGGGAACGGAGGGUGGUGACGAUGGUGAGAGGGGGGACGAGG